ACUGAUUCUCACAAAUAAGACAAGCAUCUGUAGCAUCUUUUCCUUUGACUUAUCUCCUUUGAAAGUUGUUAUUUCAGUAAAAGAUUCAGCCGUCUCCAACUGAUAAACCUUACUGUUUUUCAUUGUUUCCAUCCCCAAAUGAUCAUGGAUGUGGAAAUCAUUUCAGUUGAGAGGAUUAAGCCAUCUUUUCCAACUCCAAAUCACCUUAGAAACUUCAAGCUAUGUGUUUUGGAUCAGCUGAUUCCUGCAGCCUAUGGUCCGGUUGUCGUUUACUACCCGAACGAAGGUGCUGCCAGCCAUUUUGAAGUUCUUGAAAGGUUUGCUGUGCUCAAGAAAUCACUCUCAGAAACUCUAACCGGAUUUUUCCCACUCGCGGGCACGAUCAGAGACGAUGUUUCUAUUGAUUGUGAUGAUCACGGGGCUUGUUUCACCACCGCGAAGGUUAAAUGCACCCUGACUGAAUUUCUUGAAAGCCCUGAUCUUAAGAUGAUCGCGCAGUUGCUCCCGUGUGGACUCAAAAGCGCUGGAGCUUGUGUGACUAACGUCCAAGCAAGUGAAUUUGCAUGUGGUGGAAUUGCGGUUGGGCUGUGCAUAUCCCACAGGAUUCUUGACGGAACUGCCUUGAGCACUUUCCUGAAAAGUUGGGGUACUGCUGCUAGUUCAUCCGUUGAGAAGCUCGUUUCCCCUGACUUCUCUGCAUCGGCACUCUUCCCUGCCGCUGGCGUGUGGCUUAAAGACGCAUCGAUGGCGAUGUGGGGUUCGUUGUUCAAAAAAGGCCAGUUUGUAACCAGGAGAUUUAUGUUUGAUGGCUCAGCAAUCGCCUCCCUCAAAGAUAUGGCAACGGGCACAAGUCGAACGGGUAAGCCUACACGUGUGGAGGCCGUCUCCGGCUUCAUAUGGAAAUGUGCAAUGGCUGCAUCUGAAGAGAGAUUCGGCUGCAAAAGACCUUCUCUGCUGACUCAUAUAGUGAACCUGCGCAAAAGGGCAGCUCCAAACUUCUCAGAACAGUCCCUUGGCAACCUGAUUUGGAUGACAAGUGCGAAAUUCACAGGAGGGACGGAAAAUCUUGAAUUUCCUGAGUUAGUGGACGAAAUAAGGCGAUCCAUAUCGAAAAUUGAUGCCGACUAUGUGAAGAAACUACAAGGCGAUGAAGGAUCAAAUAUGAUGCAGAAGUAUCUCAAGGAGAUUGUAGAGUUUAGCAGUAAAGAUGUGGACUACUUUGGGUUCACCAGCUGGUGCAAGUUGGGGUUCUAUGAUGUUGAUUUUGGGUGGGGAAAGCCUGUAUGGGUCAGCAGCAUUGAUUCAAGUGGACCAUUUUUCAUGAAUCUUAGUGUUCUGAUGGACAGCAGAUGUGGUGAUGGAAUAGAAGCGUGGGUGACCUUGGAUGAACAGGAGAUGGUCAUAUUAGAAGGCAAUCAAGAAUUCAAAAUUUUUGCUUCUUUGAAUCCAAGUCCUCUAAGCAUUGGCAAUGCUGCUGCAUAGUGUUCAAGAAUAUAAACAUUCCUGGAAUGUUAGGUGAGCAAAAUUUCCCAUAUCAUGUACAGGAGAUUUUAACUCAGAUCGCGUUUGAUUGGAUAUGAACGAAUUAUAUGAUUAGUACAAUA